AUGUCCGACAUUCCUCAGGACCUGCUCGAUGGGAUAUCUGGCGCCCUCGCGAAAGAGGGGGAAAUACUACAGAUGAUCCUCGUCACUUUCAUCGGAUUAUCAUGUUACAACGUCGCUGAGCUCGUUGUACUCGUUCCAGCUACCUUUCGCCGGUGGCGCGGGCUCUAUUUUUGGUCCCUGCUUGUCACAGGGGUCCUCGGCGUUGUACCGUAUUCAAUCGGCUUCCUGAUGAAGUUCUUUACUCAAACUGACUCCGUGCUAUCAGUCACUGUUCUGACUAUCGGCUGGUGGACCAUGGUUACUGGUCAAUCCGUGGUGCUCUACUCACGACUGCACCUUGUGCUACGAGAUGAGCGUAUGCUGCGCCGUGUAAUGCAGCUCAUCGUUGCAAAUGUCUUUCUCCUACAUUUCCCCACAACGAUACUCACUUACGGUGCGAACAUCGUGCGUAGCGGCGACGCCGCUUGGGUAAACGGGUACAAUGUCAUGGAGAAGAUCCAGCUAACUGGAUUCACGUUUCAAGAGAGUCUUCUGUCGACCCUGUAUGUGAUGGAGACAGUCAAGCUGCUGCGUCUUGGGGCGGACGUGUCUUCGCGUCCGGAUGCGCGGAGCAUCAUGUAUCAGCUGAUUGGAACCAACUGCGCAAUCAUUGGGAUGGAUCUGCUGCUCUUGAGUCUCGAAUACGCUGAUUGUUAUGCCGUGCAAAUCACCUUGAAGGGAUUUAUUUACUCGCUCAAACUCAAGCUUGAGUUUGCUGUGCUUGGUCGUCUAGUGGAUCUCAUCCAGGGGUCCAGACAUCCUAUUUCCAUUGCUAUUGCCGAUACAUUGCCUCUUUGCUCGAUACAGAGGCCACCGGAGACGCCGGAGCGCAGUGAGGAUGCGCCCUUUGAGCAAACUGAGCCGAAGGAGUUUUUGUCUCCGCCGGUCGGAGGCCAAGUUGUUCAGAGAAGGAUUAUUCUGGAGUCUGGGAGGGCAGCUUCAUUAGCAACGUGA